AUUGUCCAAAGGAUUAAGACUGUGAUAUGAAUGAAUAGUAUUGCUUUUCUGGUUUAAAAAAAAGAAAGCAAGAAUUGAAAAACAAAAACAUGUUAUUUUUGAAAACUUAAAAAAAAAAACAAACACAAAACCACAGAAAGGUAUAAAAAAGAAGACUCACCUAGAAGCUUGUCACUAAACAUUUUAUAUAGUUCCUUCCAGUCCUGCAUGUGCAUAUUGCUCUCUUAAAUUAGUAUUAUGAAGCCAUACAGACUUUUAUCCACUUUUAAAAUUUAAGACAAAGGUCCAGUGAAAUCCUGUGUGUGAAAUGCCAAGCAUGGUGCCUGCCACUGGGUAGAGUUUCAGCCAGUAUGGGUGUCCCUAGACCCCUCUACCUGCACCCCGCCCCCCACACUUACCGCCACUUUGAGAAGCAAAAGCAAGCAGAAGGUGGGUUAGCACACGGGAUUGGAACACUGGCUUCAUGUGACCCUGGGCAUAUUAUUAACCCUUCUGGGCCUCCGGUUCACACCUCUCUGGGUUGUUGUAAGGAGCUAUUGGUCUGCAUUGGUGACUACCUUCUGUGUGAGCACUUUACAUGUAUCACCCCAUUUAAUCCUCAUCGCAUGACUGAAGUUGGUUAAUGCCCAUUGUAUUGACAAGGAAACUGAGGAUCAGGAAGGGAAGUAAGGCCUGGAGAGCACUUGGUCCAGUGCUGGCAGUCAGGAUGUGAUAGCUCCCCAGGGUGGGGGCUCUGCAGUUUACCCCUUGAGGCGAGUCCCCUCUCCCAUCCCGUCCAGCCCCACAAACUGUACUGGAGGGCUGAGGUUUAGUGGUGAAUGGGGUAUUGAAGCCACAGUCAGCCCUUUCCCGCCAUCUGGUGAGGGAGGCGACAUGUUAGACUCGAGAGGAUGUGCUUUAACUGGUCCUGGAUGCGCUUUUGAAGGCUGCGGGGACCAGGCCACCCAGUGUGGGGUUGGUCUUUAUGAAGGCAGGGGAGAAAUUGCCACCUAGAGGCGGCCUUGGUAAUGAGGUCACGGCCCUGGGGUGCACCUCCUGUGAGGAUUAGCACAGUCGGGGUGGCGUUGGCUUCCUUCUGCUGCCCUCCGUAGAGGGUUGCUUGUGGGCACGUGCCAACCCUAGGGCCACUGUGGAGGGAGGGGAAGCCCCCACCUCCGGGGAGGUUGGUCUUGGGCGACCUCCUGCAGAGGAUCCCCAGGCGGUUUGUGGUGAAGAAAGAGCUCAGCCCCUGCUCAGCGCCAGGCCUUUUUUGUGCCGGGCAGGCAUGUGAGGGCGUGUGAGUCCCUCCUGGCGGCUGAGCUGCCCUGAGUAUGUGAAAGGAGAGCUAAGCCUCAGCCCUGGCCACUGAUCCCUGGCCAGCAGCCUCCAACCAGCAUCCGGCAUCUCACCUGUCUCUUCUGUCCUGGGACAGGGCGUGGAAAAGACAGCUCGGCCGGCGGUGACGAGGACUCGGGCGCCCGAAGUGCAGCUCGCCCGGCCCUGGCUCAGUGCCGAGCCCUCAGCGUGGACUGGGCUGGCCCCGGGAGCCCCCACAGGCUCUACCUGACCCUGCAGCAGGCCCUGCGGGACAAGGGGUGCGAGAGCAAGAGUCAGGGGACGAAAGAAGAGAAGGCCCUGAAGAGACAGGCGCCGGCCCCCAGGAGGGACCGGGAGGCCCAGGAAGCUGGUGGCGCCAUGAAUGUAGAGAAAACAGGUGGGCGGCCCUUUGGCAGCGGGAGGUGCUCGAGCCUGUCGGGGUCGCCCGGUGCCGCCCCCGUGGUACAUAGGAUGGUGGAGGCCAUGUCCCAGCUGCGGGAGGAGAAAGCCCAGCUGCAGGAGGAGCUGGUGGCCCUGCGGGAGAGGCUGGCUGUCCGCGACAGUGAGCAGCAAGCCACGUCCACGCAGCUGCAGAACCAGGUGGAACAUCUGAAGGAGAAACUCAUAAGCCAAGCCCAGGAAGUGAGCCGCCUUCGAUCUGAGCUGGGAGGCACUGACUUGGAGAAGCACCGGGACCUGCUGAUGGUGGAGAAUGAGCGACUGAGGCAGGAGAUGCGGCGCUGCGAGGCGGAGCUGCAGGAGCUGAGGGCCAAGCCGGCAGCCCCCUGUACGGGCUGCGAGCACAGCCAGGAGAGCGCCCAGCUCCGUGACAGGCUGUCCCAGCUGCAGCUGGAGGUGGCGGAGAACAAAGGCCUGCUGUCAGAGCUGAACCUGGAGGUGCAGCAGAAGACCGACCGGCUGGCCGAGGUGGAGCUGCGGCUCAAGGACUGCCUGGCCGAGAAGGCGCAGGAGGAGGAGAGGCUCAGCCGGCGCCUGCGAGACAGCCACGAGACCAUCGCCAGUCUGCGCGCCCAGUCACCGCCCAUCAAGUAUGUCAUCAAGACCGUGGAGGUGGAGUCGUCCAAGACCAAGCAGGCCCUCAGCGAGUCGCAGGCCCGGAACCAGCACCUGCAGGAGCAGGUGGCCAUGCAGAGGCAGGUGCUGAAAGAGAUGGAGCAGCAGCUGCAGAGUUCGCACCAGCUGACGGCACAGCUCCGGGCGCAGAUCGCCAUGUACGAGUCGGAGCUGGAGAGGGCCCACGGGCAGAUGCUGGAAGAGAUGCAGUCCCUGGAGGAGGACAAGAACCGGGCCAUCGAGGAGGCCUUCGCCAGAGCCCAGGUGGAAAUGAAGGCGGUACACGAGAACCUGGCAGGCGUCCGGACCAACCUGCUGACGCUGCAGCCAGCACUGCGGACCCUGACCAACGAUUACAAUGGGCUCAAGCGUCAGGUGCGCGGCUUCCCGCUGUUGCUGCAGGAGGCCCUCAAGAGCGUCAAGGCCGAGAUCGGCCAGGCCAUCGAAGAGGUCAACAGCAACAACCAGGAGCUGCUGCGCAAGUACCGGCGGGAGCUGCAGCUGCGUAAAAAGUGCCACAACGAGCUCGUGAGGCUGAAAGGGAACAUCCGGGUGAUUGCCCGUGUCCGGCCAGUCACCAAAGAGGACGGGGAAGGACCGGAGGCGACCAAUGCUGUGACCUUUGAUCCAGACGACGACUCCAUCAUCCACUUGCAGCACAAAGGAAAACCUGUCUCCUUCGAGCUGGACAAGGUCUUCUCCUCACAGGCCUCACAGCAGGACGUGUUCCAGGAGGUGCAGGCCCUCAUCACCUCCUGCAUUGAUGGCUUCAAUGUCUGCAUCUUCGCCUAUGGCCAGACGGGUGCUGGCAAGACAUACACAAUGGAGGGGACCCCUGAGAACCCAGGCAUCAACCAGCGGGCCCUGCGGCUGCUCUUCUCUGAGGUGCAGGAGAAAGCGUCCGACUGGGAGUACACCAUCACCGUCAGUGCCGCGGAGAUCUACAAUGAGGUCCUCAGGGACCUGCUGGGACAGGAGCCCCAGGAGAAACUGGAAAUCCGGCUGUGCCCAGACGGCAGCGGGCAGCUAUACGUGCCCGGGCUGACCGAAUUCCAGGUGCAGAGCGUGGAGGACAUCAACAAGGUGUUCGAGUUCGGCCACACCAACCGCACCACGGAGUUCACCAACCUGAACGAGCACAGCUCGCGCUCGCACGCCCUGCUCAUCGUGACGGUGCGCGGCGUGGACUGCAGCACCGGCCUCCGCACCACGGGGAAGCUGAACCUGGUGGACCUGGCCGGCUCGGAGCGCGUGGGCAAGUCGGGGGCGGAGGGCAGCCGCCUGCGGGAGGCGCAGCACAUCAACAAGUCGCUGUCGGCCCUGGGCGACGUCAUCGCGGCCCUGCGCUCGCGUCAGGGCCACGUGCCCUUCCGCAACUCCAAGCUCACCUACCUGCUGCAGGACUCGCUCAGCGGGGACAGCAAGACCCUCAUGGUGGUGCAGGUGUCCCCUGUGGAGAAGAACACCAGUGAGACGCUCUACUCCCUCAAGUUUGCUGAGAGGGUGCGCUCUGUGGAGCUGGGCCCUGGGUCCCGCAGGACAGAGCUCGGGUCGUGGUCCAGCCAGGAGCACCUAGAGUGGGAGCCAGCUUGCCAGACGCCACAGCCCUCAGCGCGAGCCCAUUCGGCCCCUGGCUCUGGGACCACUAGCCGCCCAGGCUCCAUCAGGAGGAAGCUGCAGCCCUCAGCCUGACGGCUGGGGCUGCAGAGUCUCCAGGGAAGUCCAGGCCGUUGCCCAUGUGAUGGACAUGCCCACCCUGCCGGACCAGGGACCAGUGAGUGGGUCUCCAUGCAUGGCUGACCUGCCCCUGCUGCAGCAUCUGGAGCCCACGAAGCAGAGGCCAGAGUGGAGGCGCCUCUUUGACCCCAUCUCCCCUGAGAAACAUGUUCAGAAGGAAACCCUGUCUCUUGGCUGUGGCUCUGGGUGCAAGUGGCACAGGCUGGAAGGGUGGGCCCAGGCCAUCAGUGUGGGCCCUUGUGGGGAGGGCAAGUGUGUUGUGUGGGAGGGUGGGCCCUCGCCCGGGCUGGCCCAACCCUCCCCAGCCCGCAGGGCCCCUCCAGAAGGCACAGGAACUGUGGGAGCUGGGCGGUUGGUGGGCAGCCCUGUCCUGCUCUUCUCUGGGAGUAGAGCAUCUCGCCAGGUGUGUAUAUAGUGUUCCUAGGUGUACACAGGAGGCCUGCUCCUGCCGCGGGUCGGGCUUUAUUUAUGGCUGGCAGGAGGCCAGUGAGUGGGGAUCUUGCUGCUCCCCUCUUCUGCCUGGCACCAGGCUGUCUCCCUGCUCACUAGCCUCUUGACAUUUUCCUCCCUCUGAAAUCCUAUUUAAGAACUUUUGGAAGCUUAGCCAUUUUUACUUAUUAAAAUAACCUUUUUACACAA